UAUCUACAUUUAAAACAUUGUAGUCCACACACAUGAAGGAAAAAAAGAGAGAAAAAAAAAAACCUUAUUCCCAAUUUGCUAGGGAGGUGGAUUAUUAUUUUUCUUAAACAAAAAGCACCAUUGAUUAUGAUUAUGGCCUACUUCUCAAUCAUGCCCUAAUAAACAAUUCAUGAAUAAUUCCCUCGAGCAAUUAAUCACACGCCCCUAUAAUCUCUCCAUAACACAUCACAGCGAAAAACUAACCUGUUUAGUGUUUUCAAAGUUGACCUCCUCGAUUUGCAAAAAAUGGGCAGAAGACGAUCGCCGGUUCGCCUUGAUCGAAGAUCUUCCGGAGGAGGAAUCGAUUCGGCGAAAUUUGCGCGAACUUAGGGCUUUUGUCUUUGGAAUUCAGGGAGUUUGAGGACGGCGAUUGCUCAUAUAAUUACCGGAGUUAUCGGCGCCGGCGUGCUGUCUCUGCCGUGGAGCGUGGCUCAGCUGGGGUGGAUCGCCGGACCGGUGCUGUUGGCGCGGUGACUUUGGUAUCGGCGUUUCUACUGAGAAACCGGAUCCUGAUUUUGGGGAUUUGAGAAUCGAAUCGUAUCCUCAGGCUGUGAAAUUGUAUUUGGUAGGGGGGAAGGAACCGAACCGAAAAACCGACUCGGACCGAUUUGGUUCGGUUCGGUUCGGUUUAAAUUAUAUAUCCGUACAGACCAGACCGAACCGAACUUUAGUUGCUUUUAAACCCUAGUCUUCGUUUUGUAACAUAUUAGAUUAGCGCGCCUCUGUCCCUCAACCCUUCAUUUCAGCGUGCCAGAUUCCAAUUUCUAACGCUUCAUUGCUUUUGCUUCGAAUUUGUUUAUUUUGAUGUUGCAUUUACUUUGGAUGUUUAUUUAAUGAGAUUUGAUGACGUUGAUGUGCAUUUUCUUGAGGAAACGUAGAAUACUAAUGGUUUUAUUUUUAGUUUGAGUUUAUGAUUCCAUCGUUGAGGCGCAUUUUUUGAGUUUAAUGAGUUAAUGAUUAUGUUCUUAGUUUUUUGGUUGAGUUUCUUGAACAUUUUUGUUUUUUUCUUAGGAGGUCUAAUUUUAUCUUAUUAAUUCACAGACUUCAUCUGAGUUUUCUAAAACAAGUCAUUUUAGUCAAAGUGUUCCAUUAGUUGAACUUGACGACUCUAAAUUAGUAACAGUUGCAUCUAAUCCAAUCUCUCGUUGCAUUGUCCUUCCAAUUUGAUUAGAUGCAAUUGUUACUAAAGAGAUAACAAAGUAAAAUACCGUCUAGUGGAUCUGGUGGAAUUGGAAUUUAUAAGUUCCUCUCCUCUUCUUCUCUGCCAAACAAAACAGGAGUUCAAUUAUCAGCCGAUGCUCAGAAGUUUUUGAUAGGUUUUGAUCUCUGUGUGUCCGCGUGGUAAUAAGGUUCUGGAACAAAAAUCUUCUGUCGGAGAGGUGAAAUUUGAAUAUGUAUGGAAGAAAAGCAUGCCAGUUGGUGAAAGAGCUAGCAAACGGCGAGAAAGGUCAGCUAACGCACUUCAAUAGCGACCUAUUUGAUCAGGUUAUUUCAGAAUGCGAGCAGCAUCAUCUUGAGCUUCAGUCCUUGAUGAGGAAAAUACAGGAAGAAGGGUUGGAUCUACAGACUACUAAGAAUGAAGAUCACUUUGGUGCGCUCAUUCACCACCUUUCACUAGUUCGCAAUAAACGAUGCCUUAUGGCUUAUGUGUAUAAUCGAGCUGAGAUUAUAAGAAGUUUGAUAUGGAAGGUAGGAUCUAUGCUUCCACCAGAAAUACAAGAGAAGCUUAGCAACUCAGAGGAAGAGUAUUUUAAGAAGCAUUCUGCACGUCUAAAAGUAUACAUGUCGAGACUGGAGUUGGAAUUGACUGUGGAUAUGGUGCCACCCAAGGAUCCAUAUAUCCAAGUGAGGGUACUCGAUGAUAUCGGUGAAGGAAUCAUACUCAGUGAUGAUAAAACAGCAAACUUUGCACGUCAUUCUAUACAUUUUCUUAAACGAACUGAUGCUGAGCAAUUCAUUUCACGGGGGUUAAUGGAGGAACUCAGAGGAUGACUUAAAUAUUCAAGAUGGUGUUUCUGUAAAUUAUUAUAUCCAAGGAUAGAUGUUUGUUCAAUAACUUAUAUAUAGUGGUUUCAUUUUGAAA